UAAAUAUACUCUUUGCAAUUAAGAAAGAUUUCCUUUUUUCACUCUACUUUAUUUUUUAAAUUUAAAAUGGGUUUCUUCGAUCACUUCAGCGACAGCCACCAACAACUCCAAGACACUCCUGACGAACACAAGGGUUCUUUGACUCACGAAGUCAUUGCUGCUGCUGCUUCUUAUGAAGCCGUUAAGGCUUACAACGCACACUGUGAAAAGAACGGUAAGCCCAAUGACCACGCCAAGGCCAUGGAAAUCUUGGCUGGUUUUGCCGGUGGUGCCUUGGACAAGUUGAUUGAAACCAAGGGUCUUGAUUACCUUGACAAGCAAAAGGCCAAGAGACACGCUGAAGAACAAGUCAAGCAAUACUACGAAACUGAACACACUUACUAAAUAACAUAACUGCAUUUAUUGCGAGCAAAUAUAUAUCCUCUGUAAAAAUAAAAUUAUCUUUUU